CAUUCUGCAUCCCGCACUGGGAAAAGAGGCCGCUCAAGCCGCGGGCCCUGGAUGUGCAAAAUUCGCCACAAAGGUGUCAGGCAUUUCGUACUUUGCCUCCAAAAAACGUGGGAGCAGCUUGCAGGAGGAGCUGGUGGGCGCUCGCAGCUGGCCUCAGACAGAGUGCUGACGGCCCCUGGGAUGUGAAGCCGAGUGUCCUCUCUUACAGACUAGAGACACCGGGCGGGGGAGAUGCCUACAAGCGACGGCAGGCCAGCCCAGUUUUACGGGGAUUUGUGGCGCGCCCCUGGGGAUGCCUGAGGGACAGUGAAUGUGUCCCCCCUCGGCAGAUGCACGGAGCUUGGGAUUAUGUUACUUGCCGUGUUUGUGGUAGCGCUGCUGGAUUUGGUGGCAGUGAGCGCUGAGGCAGCAUGCUGGAGGGGACAUUGGUCAGCAGCAGGUGGCAGGAGCUGUAUGGCUCCAGAGCCGUACCUGCUCUUCAGCCAUGAUCAGGCUAUAUACCAAAUCAAUGCUGACGGGGAAAAUCAGAGCAGGAUAGUGGCUGGCACUGGUACAUCGGUUCUGUUGGACUUCCACUACACUGACAGCAGACUGUACUGGGCCAACACAGAGUCAGGACUGAUCCAAACAUCUCUGCUGAAUGGAACACAGAGACAGAGCCUGCAUUUAGCUGACAAAGGCAUCACAGGUUUUGCUUUUGACUGGGUUCACGAUCAUGUGGUCUGGACCAAUGGAGUCAAGGGAACAAUGGAGAGAGUUGGAUCAAAUGGGAAAAAUGCAAAGAUAAUUUCAGCAAAUCUGUCCCAGCCUGGCAGCAUCGCCAUUGAUCCCAACCACAGGUUUAUAUUUUGGGUUUCAGAUGGAACCAUGCCAAGCAUUCAGCAGUCAACCUUGGAAGGUGAAAUGACCUCCACCAUCCUAAGGACCAGCCUCAGACUGGGGACUCUAUCCCUGGACAUCUCUGACAGGAGACUGUUCUGGAUUCAGUUUGGUUUGGAGCACAGUGGUACCAUUGGGUCCUGUGACUACAAUGGAAAUGUUAUCAAUAUUAUAAAUCAACCACCACAAUCUCAGCCACUGGGGAUGUCAGUGUUCCUGGAGUAUGUGUAUUAUACUGACAUGAAAACAAGGACCAUAAAAAGUGUGGAUAAAUACACAGGCGACCAACUGGCGACUAUCAUCCCCAAACACCCACUGCAACCCCCUGCAAACAUCAAAGUGGUGCACCCCCUCCAACAGCCUGUGUUAGAGGCUCCGUCCCCCAUUCUCCCAGACGGGGGCUGUGAUUCGAUGGCAGGAGACUGUGUGGCAGUGUGUUUCGGUGCCACAGGAACAGGCGUGUGCCAGUGCCGUGAAGGCUUUGUGCUCAGCACACAUGGCAACCACUGUGAAGAUGUAAAUGAGUGUGCUCAUUGGAACCAUGGCUGUACGCUGGGUUGUGAGAACAUUCCAGGAUCCUACUUCUGCACCUGUCCUCCUGGGUUCGUCUUACUACCAGAUAUGAAGACAUGUCACGAGCUGAGUGUGUGCACAGAGAACACCACCCUCUGUGAUCACAGAUGUGUUCACACAGAGGAAGGAGACAUCUGCAUUUGUCCUGAGGGAUCCAUGCUGCAGCCAGAUGGACACACAUGCACUGGGUGUCUGUCGUGGCACAAUGGUGGGUGCAGUCAGCUUUGCGUGCCCCUGGGCCCAACCUGGUGGGAGUGCCACUGCCUCCCCGGCUACGAGAUCCACCCUGAUGGCAAACGCUGCAUGGCUAUAGGCCCUGCACCCUACCUGCUGUUGGCAAACGUCGUAGAUAUCCAGCAUAUGAAUAUGGAUGGCACAGGGGAGUUCACUGUAUUGAAGGAGCCCAGAGGAACAGUUGUAGCUUUAGAUUAUGACCCAGUAGAGCUCAAGGUGUACUUUGCCAACAAAGCCCUGAAACAUUUGGAGAGGGCAAACCUGGAUGGCAGUGACCGGGAGGUACUGGUCAUUGAGGCAGUAGAUGUGCCUGAGGGCUUGGCUGUGGACUGGAUCAACCGCAUGCUGUACUGGACGGACAGGGGGCAUUCCACUAUCGAACGUAGUGACUUAAAUGGGCUCAACAGAGAGUCCAUUAUCCGCCACAGUCUCCAGAAGCCCAGAGGAAUUGCCAUUCAUCCUGUGGCACAGAAGCUGUUCUGGACAGACUUGGGUGAGAGGCCAGCAGUGGAGAGCGCCACGCUGGACGGGGGCAACCGGGUGGCCAUCGCCACCGCCGGCCUGGUGGCACCCACAGGUGUGGCCAUUGACUACACUGAGGACCAGCUCUACUGGUGCGACAGUGUGAGGGGGACCAUCGAGAUGGCCCGUCUGGAUGGCUCCGAUCGCCGGACCCUGACAGGGAAUGAAGUGGGUCACCCUUUUGACAUUGUCAUAUUUGAAGACCUGGUUUGGAUCACUGACUGGGACCAUAACCUUAUCCUUAAGGUGGACAAGCGGACUGGCCAGAACCCAAGCCGACUCUAUGUAAACACAGUCCGGCCUGCCUCUGUGGUGGUUGUCCACCCCAUUGCCAAACCUGGUGCAGACGUGUGUCUGUACAAGAAUGGAGGCUGUGACCAAAUAUGUGAGAGCACAUUUGGAGUGGCCCACUGCUCCUGCCAUUUGGACUUUAUCGAGUCUGGUGAUGGCAAGACCUGCUCCUCAGUCAAUACAACCACAGCAACAAUUGAGUCUGGAGACAGCCAGGGCCCUGAGCCCUUCCGCCUGAAGAAGAAAACCCUGAACGAUGAAGGUGUGCCCCUUGGACUCGCCAACAGACCCCUUUCAGCUCAGGAAGAGGAGGAGUUUGAGCCCACACUUGUCACAGAGAAGAUGGUCUCAGAUCAGGUCGAUUGCUACUCACUGCAGUGUGACAAGCAUGCUCAGUGCCUCUCGGAUGGGAAUAGUGCCACCUGCCAGUGUCUGGAGGGGUAUGCAGGAGAUGGGAUGCUGUGUGAGGAUAUUGAUGAGUGCGCCAUGGGUGUCGCGCUCUGCAGCAGCCGGCAUGCGGACUGCCAGAACACAGACGGUGGCUACCUCUGCCAGUGUCAGGCAGGCUUCAGUGGGGACAGCCUCCAUUGCUCCGAUAUCGACGAGUGUACACUGGGAUUGCACAACUGUGACAACACUGGCAAGUGUGUGAACACAGAGGGGGCGUAUCAGUGCAAGUGUGAUGCUGGCUUCCGUUGGACGGGAUUCACCUGCCAAGCUGAAGUAAUGGCCAGCACUCCUACGGGGACAAGGGACCCCCACCAUGUGACUACUCAGUGGCAAAGCAACAACGUGAUUGAGAGCUGUCCUUCUUCCCAUGACACCUACUGCCUCUAUGAUGGCAGCUGCUUUUAUUUUCCAGAGAUACAGUCCUACGGCUGCAAGCAAGUACCUCUCUGUGCUCCAGGCUACAUGGGGGAACGCUGUCAAUUCAGUGAUCUGGAAUGGAGAGAGCUGCAACAGGCAGAGAAGGAGAAAAGGCUCAAGCUGACCAUUGCUGCCUGCAUGGUGGGCCUUGUCUCCCUGCUGUCUCUGGCUGCCUGUCUGACCUACUGCUAUGGAUCUGUACUACGGUCGAGGAUGUUCUCUCCAAAACACCAUCCUACUGAUGAUGUGAGUGACACCAGCACCAGUGAAGACAGCACCAUAGAAACCACCAUCACUAGCUCUCCACGGUUCUAUAUGGUCUUGGAGCAUGGGUCAGGAAGCGAUGGGAAGGUUAUCCAUGUCGUAGGCUGUCAGAGAAGACAAAUGUGCCCCUCUUGCUCCUCAGAAACAGGUGAGAGUGUGGUGUCUGAGGAUGUGUGUAUGUUGGAAUCACCCUUCAGCCGGGGCUCCGAUGGAGGUCCAACAGGACUCCUCUUCAUCUGAAAUCCAUCGAUAACCUCAUAUUCCUGGACGAGCACCCCUUCUCGCCACUCAUGUAAGGCCACCCACGACACCAAUUCUGGGGUUCACCGCCUGGCCUAGCAUGCAGGAACCCUACUGGAGCCCAGCUCUGUGUGUGCUCUUCCUUUGCACAGCCAUCAGCCACUGUGAUCUUGGUAUUUUUGACAAAUAUCAAAUUAUGAUAAGAAUGAGGCUCGCUUCACAAACAAUGGUAUACAUAGAUAUGGGAUGCAUACAAAUAUAUGUUGUUUUAAUAAACUAUGCCAAAAAUACAUACAGG